CACGGCAUUCUUUAGAAGCCGGCGUUUCCCCCCCAUACCGGCGUUUCAGUAUUACCCCCGUGGAGAAAAACCACCGCGGUCUGCUAUUUAUUAUUUAUUUAUUGUAAGGUUUAUUUUAAUUUCUCCCCCCGCAGCCAAACAUGCUCGGCCUGUGCCUUUACGUGCCGGUGUCCCACCCGGACCCGGUGGAAGUGGAAUGUUUCGAGUCCAACGGGCUUCCGUCGGAGCUAAAGUCUCUCUUCAACAAGCUCAGCGUGUUCCUGCCUUCUCAGGAGUUUUCAUCCUACCAAAGAUGGCGGAAGAAAACCUUGAAAAGGGAAGAAAAUAACUCUGAUGGACAGCUGGACUUUGAAGAGUUUGUUCACUAUCUGCAGGACUACGAGAAGGACCUGAAGCUGGUGGUGAAAAGCCUCAACAGGAGGAACACAGGCCACGUUGACCCUAAAGAGUUCAUGCAGUCUCUUCAGGACCUCGGCGUGCACAUUUCCUCGCAGCAUGCGGAGAAAGCCCUCAAGAGCAUGGACAAGAACGGCAUGAUAACCGUCGGCAGCAGCGACUGGAGCAACUUCCCCAUGGAGGAGAAGACCGAGAACGUUCCCGAGAUCAUCCUCUACUGGAAGCACUCCACGAUAUUCGAUGUGGGCGAGAACCUGAUGGUGCCCGACGAGUUCACGGUGGAGGAGAAGCAGACCGGGAUGCUGUGGAGGCACCUGGUCGCGGGCGGCGGAGCCGGCGUGGUGUCGAGGACCUGCACCGCCCCGCUGGACCGCCUCAAAGUCAUGAUGCAGGUGUACGGCUCUCGAACCAACAACAUGUGCAUCGUGGGCGGGAUGAUGCAGAUGAUCAAAGAGGGCGGCACGAGGUCGUUGUGGCGAGGCAACGGCGUGAACGUCAUCAAGAUCGCCCCCGAGUCGGCCCUCAAGUUCAUGGCGUACGAGCAGAUUAAACAGUUGAUCGGCAGUAAAAAGGGAACUCUGACCAUCGGGGAGCGGUUUGUUGCCGGGUCUCUGGCCGGAGUGAUCGCCCAGAGCACCAUCUACCCCAUGGAGGUCCUGAAGACCCGCCUCGCUCUGAGGACGACCGGUCAGUUCUCUGGUAUCUCCGACUGUGCCAAGCAGAUCUUCAGGAGGGAAGGACUGGGAGCGUUUUACAGAGGCUACGUCCCCAACAUGCUGGGCAUCAUCCCCUACGCGGGCAUCGACCUGGCGGUGUACGAGACGCUGAAGAACCACUACCUCGACCAUUACAGCGCCAACAGUGCCAACCCGGGCGUGGUGGUCCUGCUGGCCUGCGGCACCGUGUCCAGCACCUGCGGUCAGCUCGCCAGCUACCCUCUGGCUCUGGUCCGCACCCGCAUGCAGGCGCAAGCUGCGAUAGAGGGCGCCCAGAAGGUGACGAUGUCCGGCCUCUUCGGGCAGAUCUUGCGGACCGAGGGCCCGACGGGGCUCUACAGGGGCCUCGCGCCCAACUUCCUCAAAGUCAUCCCGGCCGUCAGCAUCAGCUACGUGGUGUACGAGCGCCUGAAGACGCAGCUGGGGGUGAAAUCGCGCUGAAACUCGACCCCUCUCUUAAUGGUCGCGGCCACUUUUUGAAGCUUCAAUGUGACGAGUAACCCCCCCCUCCCCCCCUCCCCGUCUGCUCUACCGGGGCUCAAGCUAGGGAAUCCCAUGGGCCUUAGAGGGCCCCUCUGGGUGUUCGUGGGGGUCUAUAUCAUUCUGUGAAUGUCAGCUGACGAAACACGAGGCCGUGAUCUCUGUGAGCUCACGGCGGGCGUGUGACUGCUGCUAUGUGUGUUUAUUUUAAAGAAGUGUUGAGAGGUGACGAAAUCAACAAUGAGGGAUGCGAGUGAAUCGAGGACCAAGCGUGUUUCUUUUCGUCUUCCUGUCAUUUUGAGCAAAACUUCUGUUUUUUUUGUUUGUUUUUUCCAGAUGAUGAAUCUCCAGCAAAUCGUGUUGCGCAACUCCACAACGGCAAAAAAAAAUUAAGACUUAACUUGUGCAAAGUACCAUUUACAGCAUUAAUGCGUUCUUUUGGGACAUUUCAUGAAACAGUUCUGCCUCUUUAAGAAGAAAUGAUUGUGUUCCUAAUACGUUUUUUUUGCACACGUGAGUUUGAUUCCCGUCACCGACCCGGUGGGUGGACGGUGACGGGGCUGCAGAGUAUUUAUUUCCAUCCGUCCGGUAUUUAUUGUGUUUCUUUUUUUUAUUGUCAAACGUGGAGGAGGUGUGUUUCCCGUCUGAAAAGCCAAAUCUGAGAUUUGAUAAAGAAAUGCAGUCUUUGUUUUGGGGAAGAGACGCCGUGAGUGGCCGUGAAACACUAAAGGAAGUCGAAAUGUUAAAAAACAAGUCGUAUUAUGUCACUGAGUCGGUUCGAGAGACGGAAAAAUAACGUUUGUUACAUCUUCAGAUUAUGUCUCGUUGUUCUGUUUAGAUGUUGUUGUUUUGCCCUUUUCUUUCUUUCUUUUUUUUUUUUUAAAGGUAUAAAUGUCUUAAUGUUGACCUCAGGUUUAAGGGCAAAUGUUUGUUCAAUUUACAGAAGAGCACACUUUUUUUUCUCCUUUCACGACCUUUAUACUUUUGAAAAAGACGGCGACUUAUUGCACUUUAAUCAACGCUGGAAGGGCUUCAAUCCAGGUGUGGAGCUUUGAUUCUUUUGUAAAGAACGAGUUUUAUUCUUGUUUUAUUGGACCAUUUUGAUGCAAAUAAAUGCAAAUUCUUGUAA